GGAUUAUAGUUUCCAACCAUGGAGCUCGUCAGCUAGAUUAUGUCCCUGCAACUAUAGUGGCUCUCGAAGAGGUGGUUAAAGCCGUUGAGGGUCGGAUUCCGGUGUUUCUAGACGGUGGGGUUCGCCGUGGAACCGAUGUGUUUAAGGCAUUGGCUCUUGGCGCUUCAGGUGUCUUUGUUGGGAGGCCGAGUUUGUUCUCGCUUGCAGCGGAUGGUGAAGCGGGAGUGAGGAAGAUGCUGCAAAUGCUAAGAGACGAGUUUGAGCUUACAAUGGCACUAAGUGGCUGCCGUUCGUUGAGAGAGAUCAGUCGAAACCACAUCAAGGCCGAUUGGGACUUCCCUCAUUACCUCCCGGCGAAGAUAUAA